AUGCUGCCAGAUAGCCCGAGCAGCAAUGGAUACGAUCCGGAAGAAAUGGAAGAUGAGGAAUGGGACGAAGAAGACUGGGCAAUGAUAAACGAAACAGAAGAGGACGAGGUGACAACGACUUCAGACGACGCAGAUGACUAUGACGAUGGUCUGAGAUCCCAAUGGGAGAGAUUGAUUGGAAGAGGUCGUGUGGAUGCGACGGAGAACUUCUUCAUGCACGCCGCUGAUUGUUACCUACCAGCUGGAGUUUGCUAUGAUUGGUGUGAGGAGACCCGACGAUUCAUGAUACAUAUGGGUAAAUGUACGAAGCGAAGAACUGAAGGGUGCCCGAGAUGUCAGAAGCAAGUGGCAAUGCUGGUGUUCCAUUCAAAGUUUUGUGAGAGGGAUUGCUGUCAGAUUCCGUUCUGUAGGAUGAUCAAGGAAGCUAUCAAGUGCUACCCUCCCGACUCAUGGUACAUGACCGACUUGGACCACCUGACCCAUCGUGUGCUUCGACGCCUUCAGGACUUGUCGCCUCUGCGUCAGACGCUUGAAGAAGAGGAAGGAGAGGCAGAAGCAGCUGGAAGUUCCGGAAUCGAUUGGACCCUUUGCCCAGAUAAACAGGUUGAGGAGAUCUCCUCAAGUACUGCCGAUUAA